GAUUCCAUGAAUGCCCUGGUUUUAGAUUUGGACUUUCCGGCCUUGCGUAAAAAUAAGAACAUCGAGACCUUCUUGAAUAGAUAUGAGAAGGUUAUGGGCCAAAUAAGGGAGCUCCAGAUGAAGCCAGAUGAUUUUGACCGAGUGAAGGUGAUCGGUAGAGGAGCAUUUGGAGAAGUCCAGCUGGUUAGGCAUAAGGCCUCUCAGAAGGUGUAUGCAAUGAAGGUGCUCAGCAAGUUUGAAAUGAUCAAACGUUCAGAUUCUGCCUUCUUUUGGGAGGAACGUGACAUCAUGGCGUUUGCUGACAGCCCAUGGGUCGUGCAGCUGUGCUGUGCGUUCCAGGAUGACCGUUCUCUCUACAUGGUAAUGGAAUAUAUGCCAGGAGGAGAUCUUGUCAAUCUCACCAGUACAUACGACGUUCCAGAGAAGUGGGCAAAGUUUUACACUGCUGAGGUUGUGUUGGCUCUGGACGCCAUUCACUCCAUGGGCUUUAUUCACCGAGAUGUCAAACCGGACAACAUGCUACUGGACCGCUACGGACACCUCAAACUUGCUGACUUUGGGACAUGCAUGAAAAUGGAUGGGACGGGGAUGGUUCAUUGUGACACUGCGGUCGGAACCCCCGAUUACAUCUCACCGGAGGUUCUCAAGUCUCAGGGAGGGGACGGAUACUACGGACGCGAGUGUGACUGGUGGUCAGUGGGAGUAUUUAUCUACGAGAUGCUGGUUGGUGAUACACCGUUUUAUGCCGAUUCUCUGGUGGGGACCUAUAGUAAGAUUAUGGACCAUAAGAACUCUCUUAACUUUCCUGGUGACGUUGAGAUCUCUCAAGAAGCCAAAAACAUCAUCUGUGCCUUCCUAACAGACAGGGAGGUUCGCCUGGGUCGAAAUGGCGUAGAAGAAAUUAAAAGACAUCCUUUCUUUAAAAACGACCAGUGGACCUUCAGCACCAUUAGAGAGACUGCAGCACCUGUGGUUCCAGAGCUGAGCAGUGACAUAGACACCAGUAAUUUCGAUGAGAUAGAGGAAGAUAAAGGAGAAUUAGAGACCUUUCCCACAUCCAAAGCCUUCGUUGGCAAUCAGCUGCCAUUUGUGGGGUUCACCUACUUUAAAGAAGACCAGUUGUUGAAUGCUGUUAACAGUUCAGCAAUGAAAAAAGAUCACCCAGCAUCCAAGACAGAGGACAAUUUAGCACUCCAGAAGAAACUUCACUCUCUAGAAGAGCAGCUCAACAAUGAAAUGCAGGCCAAAGAUGAGCUGGAGCAAAAAUACAGAAGCAACUGUAGCCGCCUAGAGAAGAUCACCAAAGAGCUUGAUGAAGAAAUAAAUAGCAGAAAAGGGUUGGAGACUACUCUGAGACAGUUGGAGAGAGAGAAAGCUCUCCUACAGCACAAGAGCGUAGAGAGUCACCGCAGGGCAGAGAGUGAAGCCGACCGCAAACGCUGUCUGGAGAACGAAGUGAACAGUCUGAGGGAUCAGCUGGAUGAAAUGAAGAAGAAAAACCAGAACUCGCACAUCUCCAAUGAGAAGAACAUCCACCUGCAGACUGUGAAGAAUCUCAGUCUGAAGAUUGAGCAAGAGGUUCAGAAACGCACUUUGACUCAGAAUGACCUGAAGAUUCAGAACCAGCAGCUCAGCACCCUGCGAACAUCAGAGAAACAGCUCAAACAGGAGAUAAACCACCUGUUGGAAAUCAAACGUAGCCUGGAAAAACAAAUUAUGGAACUGCGCAAGGAGCGUCAGGAUUCUGAUGGACAGAUGAAGGAACUGCAGGAUCAGUUGGAAGCAGAGCAGUAUUUCUCUACGCUGUACAAGACACAGGUGCGGGAGCUGAAGGAAGAGUGUGAGGAGAGAAAUAAACUCUAUAAAGACAUGCAACAGAACCUACAGGAGCUUCAGGAGGAAAGGGAUUCUCUUGCGGCCCAGUUGGAGAUCACACUAACGAAAGCUGACUCAGAGCAGCUGGCGCGCUCCAUUGCGGAGGAGCAGUAUUCCGACCUGGAGAAGGAGAAGAUCAUGAAGGAGCUGGAGAUCAAAGAGAUGAUGGCCAGACACAGACAGGAGCUCGCUGAAAAAGACACCACCAUCACCUCAUUAGAGGAAGCUAAUCGCACAUUGACGAAUGAUGUGGCAAACCUGGCCAAUGAGAAGGAAGAGCUCAACAACAAGCUAAAGGAAACGCAGGACUACCUGCAGAAUCUCAAGAAUGAAGAGCAGUCCAUCACUCAAGUGAAACUUGCCCUUGAGAAACAGCUUCAGUCAGAGAGAACUCUCAAAACACAGGCAGUGAACAAGCUGGCAGAGAUCAUGAACCGAAAGGAGGUCAGAGGUGGUGGAAGUCGCCGUGGAAAUGAUACAGACGUGAGGAGGAAGGAGAAAGAAAACAGGAAGUUGCAGCUGGAGCUGCGUUCCGAGAAGGAGAAGCUCAACAGCACUAUCAUCAAAUACCAGAGAGAAAUCAACGACAUGCAAGCGCAACUGGCAGACGAGUCUCAGGUGCGUAUCGAGCUGCAGAUGGCUCUGGACAGUAAAGACAGUGACAUUGAGCAGCUGCGCAGCCUGUUGAACUCUCUUAACGUCCAGUCGCUCGACUCUGCCAGUAUGAGCAGUGGACCAGACAUGGACACUGACGAGUCAGUACCAGAGACAAGACUGGAGGGUUGGCUGUCUUUACCAGUGAGGAACAACACCAAACGCUUCGGGUGGGAAAGGAAGUAUGUUGUGGUGAGCAGCAAAAAGAUUCUUUUCUACAACAGCGAGCAGGACAAAGAGCAGUCCAAUCCUUACAUGGUUUUGGACAUAGAUAAACUUUUCCAUGUGCGUUCAGUAACCCAGACGGACGUCUAUCGCGCUGACGCCAAAGAGAUCCCCAGAAUAUUCCAGAUCUUGUACGCUAAUGAGGGUGAGAGCAAGAAAGAGCAAGAACUGGAACCUCUUCCUGGAGACAAGUCCAGCUACAUUUGCCAUAAGGGUCAUGAGUUCAUUCAUACCCUGUACCACUUCCCCACUAACUGUGAAGCCUGUACCAAACCCCUGUGGAACAUGUUCAAACCACCUCCAGCUCUCGAAUGCAGACGAUGCCACAUCAAGUGCCACAAAGACCACAUGGACAAGAAAGAGGAAGUCAUCGCUCCCUGCAGAGUGAACUACGAUGUGUCUACGGCUAAAAAUCUGCUGCUGUUAGCAUCUUCUCAGGAGUACCAGCAGAAAUGGGUUAGUCGGCUCAUGAAGAAGAUCCCUAAAAAACCUCCAGCACCAGAAGCCCCUCACCGCUCCUCUCCCAGAGUUCCUGUUAAAGUACAAAGCAGUCAAUCCAUGAGGAGACCCAGCCGACAAAUACCCUCCGGCAAACCCAGGUCUGUGCACAACCUAAAGGAACCAACAGCGUGUGCGGAGAAAUCUGGCUUCAUCUACCACAAGGGACACGAGUUUAUUCCUUUAUUCUACCACUUUCCUGCCAACUGUGAGGCCUGUACCAAGCCCCUGUGGAACAUGUUCAAACCUCCUCUGGCUCUGGAAUGCCAGAGAUGCCAGAUCAAAUGCCACAAAGAGCACAUGGACAAGAAAGAGGAAAGUCUCAGACCCUGUGCUCCAGACCCGUUCAACCCCCAGUUCAGCACGGGGUGAGAGGAGAACAUGGCCGACCUGGAAGUUGGAUGGAGGAUGUAUUGAUGUUUAGCUUUAGCAUGCUUCAGUAACAUCAUUCAAGAGCUUUCAAGGUUUAAAUCGCAGUGCUUGACUAGCAGAAUAACAUUUACGGUCUUUGCUAAUGGUGGCUAACUGGAUAUAAAGCUUAAACAGUGUUACGCUGGACUGCUUUUUGUAACUUGGGAUGCAAGAUGACAGCUUGGGCAUUAACAAAGCACUUUUUCUCUUUUGUAUCCAACUCAGGUUUUUAAUUGUGAUUAGUAACAGUGAAUUUAAAGGCUAAAUACUAAAAGUAUGCAUCAAACUUCUCACAUAGAGGUCUGUAUCUUCACCAAACUCAAGAUGCAUACAGAUGUACAGCCUUUAAAGCUUCAGCAGACAUUGAGCAGUGGCCAGUCUUAUUUUUAAGGUUUAGCUCAGAUAUAGUAAUUAUGUGCCAAGUUGUAGCUUCACCUUAGCGAAACUACCUCCAGACCUUACCGAGACAGUCUGUAGUGAGGUUGGUGAAGGCUUGGCUGAAUGCUCUCUCCUCCACCUGCAGGCCUCUGGAUUCGGAGCUUCAGGACUGGCACUGGGCUCUGGAUGACGUGGAUGAUGUAGAUUAUGACCAUACGUUUAAUUUCUGAGGAGCAUGUGUUGGGUUCAAACAGGGUAACUACUUACAAAAGGGCUCUGUUCCAAAACCUCCUAACCCACCUACUUUGGCAGCAUUUUGAUUAUUUGCUGUAAUGUAAUACACAAGAGGGGAAUCUUAACAGUCAGUAAUUCCAGUAAUUUGAUAUCAUAAAUGUUAUCAAAUGCUAAAUGUAAAUUAAAUUAAGAUAUUUUUGAUGGAAUCUGAGAGCUCUCUGACCCUCCC